AUUGGGUAGUUGACACUGACAUUGUCGUCUUGAUUAGUUUGACGUUUUAUAAUCUCUAUUUGUCCUCUCUUUUUGUAAAGUUUCUUUUUCGGCGAGCCGUGCUGACGGAAUCAGCUCGCCAAAAUGGUGAACAACAGAGUACCAUCGGUAUUCUCCAAAACCUACGUGACGCCCCGGCGUCCGUUCGAGAAGGCCCGUCUCGACCAGGAGUUAAAGAUCAUCGGUGAAUACGGUCUUCGUAACAAGCGCGAAGUGUGGAGGGUGAAGUACACGCUCGCCCGCAUCCGGAAGGCUGCUCGUGAGUUGCUCACGCUCGAAGAAAAAGACCCCAAGAGAUUGUUUGAAGGCAAUGCACUCCUCCGUCGUUUGGUCAGGAUCGGAGUGUUGGAUGAGAAGCAGAUGAAACUCGAUUAUGUGUUGGGUCUGAAAAUUGAAGACUUCUUGGAGAGGCGUCUGCAGACACAGGUGUUCAAAGCUGGUCUCGCCAAAUCCAUCCAUCACGCGCGCAUUCUCAUCAGACAGAGGCAUAUCCGUGUCCGCAAGCAAGUGGUGAACAUCCCGUCGUUCAUCGUGCGCCUGGACUCGGGCAAGCACAUUGACUUCUCGUUGAAGUCUCCAUUCGGCGGCGGCAGGCCCGGCCGCGUCAAGAGGAAGAACCUCCGCAAGGGACAAGCUGGCGGCGCCACCAAUGAUGAGGAGGAAGAUUAGACUAAUAAAAUAAACACCUUGUUUAUAUACUA